GUCUAUGAUUGAUGGGCCUAAGUAGCGAAAAAUCAGGAGAGUCAGUUUUGAUCUUAUUGUUUCGAAAAAGGUAACAAUGGCGACGGUCUAAUAUUUCCUCAGGCCAGCGGUUUCCUGGACGAACCAGUGAUGGAAGACAAGCCCGCAACGCUGAGUUCCUCACCCACGUCCAGUAAUUACACCACCAAAACCACACAAGAACUGGCCAUUGAUGGUCAAAAGCACCUGCAGGAAACAAUCCAGGCUGCUUUAUUGAUCCUUUCCGCCAUGAACGAUGAGCUCUGCUAUCCCAACCUCUGGUCCACCACCUCAUCCACCGUGGCCGCCUCUUCCGCUCCUCCUAAUACCGCCGCAACCACGAGUAAUGCCGGUGGUGGGUCCACUAGUAUGACCAUAGGCCACCACUCUAAUGUCGACGUAUUAUCAGACUCCUCUUCUGCGUCUUCAUCUGCGUCGGCUGCUGCUUCGCAGUCUCAUCCUCAACAUCAUAAUAGCUUUGAUAUCGGCGCUGGGGCUCUCGACGAGGCUAGACUUCAGUACAAGUCCUCUGUUGCUGCUCUAAGGUCUGUGCUAAUCACGAUCUCCAAUGCUAAGAAGGGCAAAGUACACGAAGCAGUUCCAACAAGUAACUCACCAGCAGAUCAAACGGAGAUAGAGAAGCUUGAAGAGCAGGCCUCUGCCUUAAGAAAGGAACUUGCAGAAAAGAAUAAAUAUCUCAGGCGUCUGAUAGAUCAGCUCCGUUGUCUUUUAAUUGAUAUACAUACAUGGCAAAGCCCUUGUUUAGUAUGAGAGUAUCAAUUCAAAAUCAGGCUUUCUGAUUUUAUCAUGGAAAUGAAAGCACAAGGAGACAGUGGAGUGAAAUAUUUGAAGACUGAAGCAUCUAAUGACAUCCAACAUUAGUGUUACACAAGUGAACUCUGAAUUGAUACUGAAGUAGCAGCAUAAGUCUUUGUUGUCACCUGAUUAUCAUCUUGUUGAUUGGUCGUGUCAUGUAUGAAUUCAGUGCUUCUGUAAACCAAAUCUGUCUUUUUUUGUUUGGAUUUCUCUCAUCUCAUUCUGAUCAGUGCUCACUUAUAGUUGAAUCCAGCAGGCAGCAGCUCAUAGAAGGUUAAUAGUUUUUCGGUUUUCUUGUAAAGUAAAUUACAUUGG